AUGGGUUCCUCCGUCGAGACCCAUAUUCUCGAGCCCGUCGCAAGUGAUUCGGGAAAAAGCCGAGACUGGUGGCCGAAUCCUGAAACGAUAUCGAUGGACGCGGUGGAUAUUCGGAAACCACACCGUACUUCCGGCAUACCGCACCGUUACGCCGAACAAUCAAGCAGAACCUCCACCAAGGUCAGGAAUAAUUUGAUUUCCUAG